AUGCGACCGACGUACGGUGUCCUGGUGGUCCUGCACCUUCUGGUCGCGUCCACGAUCGCGGAAUUCGAGGACCAUUUCGAGGAUUGCCAUCCAAAUGUACCAGGCUUCGACGCGUGUGUGCGUGAAGCGUUGAACGAGGUUCGGCCGUACUUCAAAACCGGCCUCUCGAAGUACAAUAUCACCCCGUUCGAUCCGUUCUUCGCCAGGGAGGUGGCUGUGAAACGGGGACUGCCGAACUUCGGGUUCACCUUAACGCUGAAGAAUGUCACGGAGAGCGGAUGGACCGCCAGCAAGGUGACGAAAUUCGUCAGUGAUAUACCGCACUACAAGGUCGUCUACACUCAGAGUUUCCCGGAGAAAUUCCUAUCUGGUUCGUACGACUUCAAUGGAGCCGUUUUGGGUUCCUCCAUGAGCAAUAAAGGAAAAUUCACUUUGGCCCUUUAUGACCUCGUUCAGACGACCACCGUCACCAAGAGGCCCGGCCAGAAGAUCGAUGCGAGCGUGGACGUGCAAACGAUCCGCGAUUUGAAGCUCCACAUCACAAACUUGCUGUUCGGCCGGCAAAUGCUCGAGAACGUCCUCGACAGAAUAAUAAACGGCGCCUGGCAACCGGGCUUCGUGAUGACCAGACGUCUGAUCAACGAUCUUGUCUCCGCAGCGUUCACAGAAAUAUUCAGGAACGCGUUCCGUAAUUUCCCUUUCGAGAAAAUCAUCAAACCGAAGCCCGAAGGAAGUUAAAAAAGCGAUCUAUUAGUUUGGACAAGACGAACGAUACGCGCGCAACGAUGAACUGUGUGAAACAAUACUCACCAGGAAU